AUGCCAAACCCCACCGUAUUUAUUGCUUUUCAACAGCCAAUAAAAAAAGCAAUUGUUUGCAAUGACUUGUAUGACUCGGUAAUAAGAUUCGGUAAAAUUCAAAGAAUUAUUUGUAUGAACUCACACCGCCCUGAUAUGCCCCAUUCAUUAAUAGAAUUUGAAUCACCAGAGUCAAGUAACAAAUGUAUUGAAUAUCUCAAAACUAAUCCCCUCCCAAUUCUUAAUUAUAAGUGUAGAGCAGAAGUAAGUAAUGCCGAGUCAUUAAAUGUUAAAACUGAGAGUCCACAAGCACAUGACUAUACUAUUAGUCCUAGAUUUGGACAUGAAGCUCCAAUAACAAGAGUCUUACUUGUUAAUGAAUUACCACGAUAUGUAACUCCACAAUCCCCUUUUCAUUUUUAUAAUCUUUUUUCAUUAUAUGGAUCUAUUAUUAAAGUUAAUGUUCUUAGCGAAAAACGUACUGCAAUGAUUGAAUACUCCUCUAUUGAAGACACCAUUAACGCAUAUCAAAACCUAUCUAAUGUAAAAUUUUUUGGUUCACGACUUAUUGUUAAACAUAGUAAACACGAUAGUGUAGCAGCACCUCCUGGGAUUUGGUGUAAAUACUUUCAACCAUCAAAACUUUUACUUCAUUCUACUGCCCCUAAAUGCUCAUGUAUAAGAAGUGGUGUGUUUGCAUUUAAAACAACACAAGAUGCAGUUAUUUGUGUUUCUAUUCUAAAUAAUAAAAAUGAAAAUGGAAUAUUACUCAAAUUAGCUUUUGUUUCUGAGCCACCACAAGUUUCUCCGUCAAAUAUAAAAUAUGGAUAUUCACAACCACACCCAAUGAGUCGUAUGUCUGCCAACCAACCAAUUCUUCCUGCACAACCAAUAACCCCAUUUCAACCAAUGCUUCUACCUCAAACUAUUCCUUCCCAAAACCUUCCACCUCAAAGCCUUCCUCCACAAAAUCUUCCUCCACAAAGUCUUCCUCCACAAAGUCUUCCUCCACAAAGUCUUCCUCCACAAAGUCUUCCUCCACAAAGUCUUCCUCCACAAAGUCUUCCUCCACAAAGUCUUCCUCCACAAAGUCUUCCUCCACAAAGUCUUCCUCCACAAAGUCUUCCUCCACAAAGUCUUCCUCCACAAAGUCUUCCUCCACAAAGUCUUCCUCCACAAAGUCUUCCUCCACAAAGUCUUCCUCCACAAAGUCUUCCUCCACAAAGUCUUCCUCCACAAAGUCUUCCUCCACAAAGUCUUCCUCCACAAAGUCUUCCACCUCAAAAUAUUCCAUCACAAAAUAUUCCAUCACAAAGUGUUUCAUCACAAAGCCUUCCAUCACAAAGUCUUCCACCUCAAAAUCUUCCUUUUCAACAGUCACAAUUAACUAAUCCAUAUUCUUCCUAUAAACUAGAAUCCCAAAAUAACAACCAACCAUAUUCAUUAAAUGAAACUGAAACAACAAAACCAAUUAAGCCACCAACACACUAUUACAAUUAUUCACAAUGA